AUGCGCGGGAGAGUAGAGAUGCAAGCUAAAAUCUUGUGGUUGGGAGUUUGGGGGCUUAUCGAUAUUCUUUUGUGUGACUUGCAUGUUUUUAAGAGUUUUUCUCUGUUGUUGUCCUUGGCGUGUGCAACUGCACUAACUAUUGGUACGUAUUUUUCACCAUCCCGAGAAUUUGAUUUCCACUUCCUGCGCGCGCUGAAUCUAUGCACUGUGUUUUAUCGCUGGUCGAGUAAAACCAAUUCGAAGGAAAUUGCUACUUCCGUCACGAUGAUGCUCGGGGGGGGGGGGGGGUGGAGGGGAAGGGGGGGGGGGGGGGGGGGGGGGGGGGGGCUCACCAGUAAAUUGCAGACUUUCGUCGAAACGUUUUUCACAUUGUAG